AUGAUGGAGAAUACCCAGUCCGUCACAUCACCAGGUAAGAGAAGACCUUUCAUGACUGUAGAGAAGAGAACUGUUCUGAGAAGAACUCACACUGGGGAGAAGCCAUUUCCAUGUCCUGAAUGUGGGAAGUGUUUUAGUCAGAAAUCGCACCUUUAUACACAUCAGAGAACUCACACAGGGGAGAAGCCAUUUCCAUGUCCUGAAUGUGGGAAGUGUUUUAGUCAGAAAUCAUGUCUUGUUACACAUCAGAGAACUCACACAGGGGAGAAGCCAUUUAUGUGUCCUGAAUGUGGGAAGUAUUUUGGUCAUAAAGGAAUUCUUAUACAACAUCUUAAAAGGCACACAGGGGAGAAGCUAUUUUCAUGUUCAGAAUGUGGGAAAUGUUUUACCUGUCAAUCAACUUUUAUUCAGCAUCAGAGAACUCACACUGGGGUAAAGCCAUUUCCAUGUCCUGAAUGUGGGAAGUGUUUUAGUUAUAAAUCAAGUCUUGUUAGACAUCAGAGAACUCACACAGGGGAGAAGCCAUUUAGAUGUCCAGAAUGUGGGAAGUAUUUUGGUGAUAAAGGAAUUCUUAUACAACAUCUUAAAAGUCACACAGGGGAGAAGCCAUUUAUGGGCAAAUGUUUUACCUGUCAAUCAAAAUUAAUUCUGCAUCAGAGAACUCACACUGGGGUAAAGCCAUUUCCAUGUCGUGAAUGUGGGAAGUGUUUUAGUAAUAAAUCAAUUCUUGUUACACAUCAGAGAACUCACACUGGGGAGAAGCCAUUUCCAUGUCCUGAAUGUGGGAAGAGUUUUAGUAAUAAAUCAAUUCUUGUUACACAUCAGAGAACUCACACAGGGGAGAAGCCAUUUAGAUGUCCAGAAUGUGGGAAAUAUUUUGGUUAUAAAACAGAUCUUAGACGACAUCUAAGAAAUCACUUAGGGGAGAAGCCAUUUUCAUGCUUAGAAUGUGGGAAGUGUUUUAGUCAGAAAUCAUGUCUUGUUACACAUCAGAGAACUCACACUGGGGAGAAGCCAUUUCCAUGUCCUGAAUGUGGGAAGUGUUUUAGUAAUAAAUCAUGUCUUGUUACACAUCAGAGAACUCACACUGGGGAGAAGCCAUUUCCAUGUCCUGAAUGUGGGAAGUGUUUUAGUAAGAAAUCAUGUCUUGUUACACAUCAGAGAACUCACACUGGGGAGAAGCCAUUUCCAUGUCCUGAAUGUGGGAAGUGUUUUAGUCAUAAAUCAGAUCUUGUGGGCCAUCUAAGAAUCCACUCAGGAGAGAAUCCAUUUUCAUGUUUAGAAUGUGGGAAAUGUUUUACUAGUCAGCGAAAUUGUAUUCGGCAUCAGAGAACUCACACUGGGGAGAAGCCAUUUCCAUGUCCUGAAUGUGGGAAGUGUUUUAGUAAUAAAUCACAUCUUGUUACACAUCAGAGAACUCACACAGGGGAGAAGCCAUUUAGAUGUCCAGAAUGUAGGAAGUAUUUUGGUGAUAAAACAGUUCUUAGACGACAUCUUAGAAGUCACACAGGGGAGAUUCCAUUUUCAUGUUCAGAAUGUGGGAAGAGUUUUAGUACAAAAUUGUGUCUUGUUAGACAUCAGAAAACUCACACAGGUGAGAAGCCAUUUUCAUGUUCAAAAUGUGGGAAAUCUUUUAGUCAGAAAUCAAGUCUUUCUAGACAUGAGAGAGUUCACUCAGAGGAGAAGCCAUUGUGA